AUGGAUUCAAUGAGAAACUCAUUUGAGAGACUCUCUGAGAAGGAGAAUGCGGCAUUUGAAUCAUUCGUGAUUACAGAACACUUGCAGAACAUAUUCUUCAUUGUUCAGGUCAUCCUGAUAUUAGGAUUCAAUGCACUUUUGAUAGGAUUGAAGGAGUUUCUGAAGCCAUACGGCCCAAAAAAUGUCGAAAUUAAGUUGUACGUCAUGGGCGCACUCUUUGCAAUAUUCAUAUCAUUCCAAUUCACCAACAUCAUCAAAUCAGGCUGUCUUGCUCUCUCGUAUCUACAGAUCAUUGCACCAGAGAACAUAAAGGAGUAUGAUCCAGCAUUACAUGAAGUAUUGGCUGAAAUACAAGAAAGUGGAAAGGUAGAAGAGAAUAAGACACCUGAAGAAGAGAAUCAGAAUGGAGACGAGAAUAAGACACCUGAAGAAGAGAAUCAAAAUGGAGACAAAGACAGAGAAUUAAACCAGAAUCAGCUUGAACCGGAAGCACAGCCAGAAACAGGGGCACAACCUACAUAA